GGGCGGGUCCGGACGUGACGACAGAAGCAGGGGGCGGGGACCCAAGAUGGCGGCUCUGGUCCUGGCGACGGCGCGGCGGCUGCUGCUGCGCGGCUCGGGGUCGUGGCGCCGCUCGCGGCUGAGGUCUGGAGCCCCUGCGCGCAGAGGGUUCAGCAGCGGCAGCGCCUACCCCCGUGUCCCGCUUUCAUCCCCCUUACCCGGUGUGCCUGAGCCUGUGUUUGCUACGGUCGAUGGGCAGGAAAAGUUUGAAACCAAAGUCACCACGCUGGAGAAUGGGCUUCGUGUGGCCUCCCAAAACAAAUUCGGACAAUUUUGCACAGUAGGAGUUCUUAUUAAUUCAGGAUCAAGAUACGAAGCAAAAUACCUUAGUGGAAUUGCUCACUUUUUGGAAAAGUUGGCAUUUUCGUCGACAGAUCGGUUUGACAGUAAAGAUGAAAUUCUGCUGACGUUGGAAAAGCACGGGGGUAUUUGUGACUGCCAGACAUCAAGGGACACCACCAUGUAUGCUGUGUCUGCUGAUUCUAAAGGCCUGGACACAGUGGUUGGCUUGCUGGCUGACGUGGUCCUGCACCCCAGACUCACAGAUGAAGAAAUAGACAUGACGCGAAUGGCUGUCCAGUUUGAGCUGGAGGACCUUAACAUGCGGCCUGACCCGGAACCGCUUCUCACGGAGAUGAUUCACGAGGCUGCUUAUCAGGAAAACACAGUUGGCCUCCACCGUUUCUGCCCCACAGAAAACAUAGGAAAGAUUGAUCGAGAAGUGCUUCAUUCCUACCUGAGAAACUACUACACCCCCGACCGCAUGGUGCUGGCAGGGGUGGGUGUGGAGCAUGAGCACCUGGUGGAAUGUGCCAGAAAGCACCUCCAGGGAACCCGGCCAGCCUGGGGGUGUGCGAAGGAUGUGGACGUGGACAGAUCAGUAGCACAGUACACUGGGGGCAUGGUCAAGCUGGAGAGAGACAUGUCCAACGUCAGCCUGGGCCCCGCCCCGUUCCCCGAGCUCACGCACAUCAUGAUAGGACUGGAGAGCUGUUCCUUCUUGGAGGAGGACUUCAUCCCCUUCGCUGUUCUCAACAUGAUGAUGGGAGGCGGCGGCUCCUUCUCCGCUGGCGGGCCUGGCAAAGGCAUGUUCACCAGGCUCUACCUCAAUGUGCUCAACAGGCACCACUGGAUGUACAAUGCGACCUCGUACCACCACAGUUACGAGGACACGGGCCUCCUGUGCGUGCACGCCAGCGCCGACCCCCGGCAGGUUCGAGAAAUGGUGGAGAUCCUCACGAAGGAAUUUAUUUUAAUGGCUGGAACUGUGGAUGUGGCGGAGCUGGAGCGGGCCAAGACGCAGCUGAUGUCCAUGCUCAUGAUGAACCUCGAGUCCAGGCCUGUGAUCUUCGAGGACGUGGGGAGGCAGGUGCUGGCCACACGCUCCAGGAAGCUGCCGCACGAGCUGUGCGCGCUCAUCCGCAGCGUGAAACCAGAGGACAUCCGGAGAGCUGCCUCGCAGAUGCUCCGCAGGAAGCCCGCGGUGGCCGCCCUGGGCGACCUGAGUGACCUGCCCACCUACGAGCACAUCCAGGCGGCGCUGUCCAGCAGAGACGGGCGCCUGCCCAGGACCUACCGGCUCUUCCGCUAGAGGCCGUUUGAGACGCGGCCCAACUGGGCGGUGGGUGCAGCGUGUGUUUUCGGGUGUGAAUUUAGUGCGGAGAUUGAUAAACGGUGCAAACCACGGGACUCUUCUCUUAAAUUUGAACAUGUUUAAUGUCA